GACAAAACAAAUGAUAAUUUUAUAUGGAGGUGUCCAAAAUCACGAGUCUUUUAAUUGUUUCCGUCUUGUUUGUAUAUCCAUUUGUAAAAGUGAGGUAUUGGGUAUGGGAGUGACGAGUGUUACAGUGAUCGAGGUCAUUGAAGCAAUUGAUCGAUCAUAGAGGAUAACUUUGAUAUAUCAGCCGAUUUUCGACGCCCUCUGAUUGGCUACUGCUCUUCACCUUUUUCUAGUUGGCCACCACGUGAACCAAAAAGCUCUCCCAAAAAGUAAAUCGUCUCGGAGCUUUUUCUCCUCCGGUUUUACCAUUCUAGGGAUUAAUAGCUGUAGCAAAUUUUCUUGCGCUGGUUAAUGUGGGCGGCGCGAUGAAAUUGGAGGCUUUGCCCAAGGGGUUCCGCUUCCGCCCCACCGACGAGGAGCUCGUGAGCCAUUAUUUGAGGCUGAAGAUCAACGGCCAUCAUUCCGCCGUUGAGGUCAUCCCUGAGAUCGACGUCUGUAAAUGGGAGCCGUGGGAUCUCCCUGCACUCUCCGUUAUAAAAUGCGAUGACCCAGAAUGGUUUUUCUUUUGCCCACGUGAUAAGAAAUACCCAAAUGGGUAUCGUUCUAAUAGGGCCACAGAAGCUGGUUAUUGGAAAGCUACAGGGAAGGAUCGUACCAUAAAAUCUCGCAAAUCAUCCCCUUCAGGUCACUCCCAUUCUCAUGUGAUUGGCUUGAAGAAAACUCUAGUCUUUUAUAGGGGUCGUGCUCCAAAGGGUGAACGUACAAAUUGGAUAAUGCAUGAGUAUCGCGCCACUGAACCAGAUCUUGAUGGCACUGGCCCUGGACAGGGUGACUACGUCCUAUGCCGCUUGUUCCACAAGGCAGAUGAGAGGCUUGACAAUUUGAAAUGCGAUGGAGUGGAACAUACUGUCUCAGUCCCAUCUACAGAUAAAUCUUCUCCGGAUGAUGUAUCUUCAGAUGUGUUCCGAGAGCCAGCGAUGCUGGAUAUGCUAAUGGUUAAGGAACCAGGAGAAGUAAAGAAGUGGUUUACUGAUCCAGCCGACUGUCUGACUCCUACUAAUCUAGCUCCUGUUGAAAGCUGUGCAUCUGAUUGUAUUGAUCACUCAGGAGAAGAAGCAGCAAUGGAGGUGUCUCUGCCUUUGCAAGUCCAUUCAAUGUCUGAAGAAGCCACACACAAUCAAUUCGAUGACAAGGGCUUAGGUGACUUUCAAUCGCACAGUUAUGCAGAUUUGGUGGCUCCCAUUGGUUCACCCUUUGCUGCUGACUUUGGCUAUGAAAGAAAUGGAUUGCAUUUUCAAGAUGGCACAUCUGAACCAGAUGCAUCCCUGUCAGAGCUAUUGGAAGGCCUUCAAAACCAUGGAAAUUGCUUCUAUGAUGAGUCAACUAGCCACAAGACCUUUGAUCCGAGUGGGAGCUUUGUUCCUAGCCACAUUGAUGAUCUAACGCAAGCACCAUUUGCAUUUUGUAAGGAUGAAAAAUCUCCAAGCUUUUCCAGAGUACAAUCCCCUGAUCAUUCCCGUUCCUGCUAUGCUUCUGAAGAAGUGGAUUCUUCAGUAAAUACAGUUGGAGGAUCAUUCCUUAGACGAAUUGAGACAUUUUGCCACUCUAAUUCAACCAAAGAUAAUGAUACACCUGUUAGUGAAACUGGAAUCAAGAUUCGAUCUCGCCAACCACGAAAUCCUCCAAGUUUGAUGAACUUUACAUCCCAGGGAACUGCUCCAAGGCGACUGCGCCUUUGGUUCGGUCCCAGACCAGAGUCCAACUAUAGCGACAGAUCCAAGGAAGAUGAAUCACAAUCACUUAACGAACAGGAUGCUGACAUUGCCCACAAAAGUGAUCCAAACUCAGCUGCAAAACAUGGACAAAACAGCAGUGUAAGAAUGCCCUCACCUAAAAUAUCAGGACUCCUAUCUGUUCGCGGAGGUUCAGGUUAUAUGAAAGCGUAUGCUGCCGGCAUAUACAUAGCUAUAACCGUAUCAGUGCUUCUCGGGAUAUGGAUAUGCCCCAAGCUGCAUGCUCUACAAGGUUGACAUGUAAUUAUGUGUGGUAAUCUUAAUUAUUAGCAUUACACUGUUCCUUUUUUGCUAAUCACAAUUAGGCGUAUUAGGUGACUGAGCCACAUGUUUUUCUGUAUAAAUCUAGUUUGUGUAGAGAGGUAUUGAUGUUAGUUAGUAGUUAAUGUUGCAUAAUGAAAAUGAUGUUGUUUAGGAAGUUCUUUACUUUCUCAGAUUCUCUUUGAUACUACUCAUAUAUGGAGCUAUAUCUUAGAAUUGUAUUCCACUAAAAUAAUCUGUCUAGAUUUUACUAAUCAAUGAAGUGUGUCAUUUUUCACUAUUAUAAA